AUGCCGAAAGACACGGAGACCAAUAAUUUCCUCAUAUCGCUAACGCAGGAAGAUGUGUGGAUCGGCCUCAGAAAAACCACCCUCAUGGAUUGGUAUUGGAGCGAUGGCAGCAAGCUGGACAGUUCGAGGUUUCGAGCCUGGGCUCCAGAUGAGCCGAACGGCGGCAGAGACAUCAACUGUGCCCGCCUCAGCGUGUCUGGUACUACAAGUCCGAAUGUGUGGAAGGAUAUACCUUGCGACUCAACAUACGGAUACAUCUGCCAGAAAGCUGUGCAAUGUGCUUCACUGUCGACCCCAUAUUAUGGAACAAAGUACCCCGAAAGCGACAACAACGGUUACGCCAUCGGCGACAGUGUCAACUUCGGGUGUCAAUCUGGGCACAGUUUGAACGGUGACUCCGUGCGGACCUGCCAGUCUGAUGGGACUUGGAGUGGAACCCAACCAACGUGUGAUGCCGUACAGUGCCCGACACUAUCCGACCCUACAAACGGCGCUGUGAGCUACAGCUCCAGGAACUACGGAGAUGUGGCCUCCUACUCGUGUAACACAGGAUACAACCUGAAUGGCGACUCUACACGGACGUGUCAGUCUUCAGGCUCCUGGAGUCAAACUGCACCAACUUGUCAAGAGGCAGGUGUCAAUGUCGCCCUGGGGAAGACAGCGUAUCAAACGAGCACGUAUGGCGGUGCAGCUGCCAGCCGUGCCGUAGACGGGAACACCAAUACCGAAUGGGCCUCUGGCUCCUGUACACACACUGUAGGUGACCCGGGAGAGGAUAAUCCAACCUGGUGGGUGGAUCUGGGUCAAUCCUAUGUGAUUGAUAGAGUGGUCAUCUUCAACCGUCAGGACGACUGUUGUUGGGACCGAAUCAAUCCCUUCAACAUCCACAUCGGGGAUUCCGACCAGGUCAGCACGAACCCCCAGUGCGGUGGUGACCAUCAAGUCGACGUGAACCAGCCGUCCAUUGCCGUCUCCUGUCCGGGGAUGCAGGGCCGCUAUGUGGGGGUCCGUCUUCCCGGACCCUACCGGGUACUAACCCUGUGCGAAGUCCAGAUAUAUCCUGCUAUAGAAUGCCCAGAACUGACAUCUCCUACGAACGGUGACAUGAGCGGUUCCAACGUAUAUGGAGAUGCGCCGGUCACAUUCUCGUGUGACACCGGAUACAACCUGGUCGGUACUUCUACACUUACCUGCCAGGCUGACGGCACCUGGGAUGGAACUCCACCAACAUGUGAAGCUCCGAAGAAGUGGCGCGAUGAUGCCCGUUGCGGGCUGUCAUACCCUGCUGAAGACGGUAACCCUGCAGAAUGCGAUCCGGACAGUAGUAUCCCAUGCUGCUCCAAUGCAUACUGGUGCGGCAACACUGCAAAUCACUGUGACUGUUCGACUUGCAUCGACUACAGAAACACUGCUGUUGGGUGCUCAUCACCGGAAAGCCCUACGAACGGUGCCGUGAGCGGCCCAGGUCCCUACGUAUACGGCGACAUAGUCUCAUUUACGUGCGACACGGGUUACAACCUGAAUGUUGACACUUAUCUGACCUGCCAAUCUAGUGGGGCCUGGAGUGGAAGUGCACCAACAUGUGAAGCUGUUCAGUGCUCUGUACUGAACGACCCUCCGAACGGUGUCGUGACCAACUCCAACCUGAACGUAUACGGAGACACGGCCAUAUUUACAUGCAACACGGGGUAUAACAUAAAUGGCGACUCUACGCUGACCUGUGGGGCUGAUGGGAUCUGGAGUGGAAUUUCGCCAACAUGUGAAGAGUGCCAGGUGGGAGAUGGGGCGUCCUACCGAGGGACAGCCUCUGUUACCAGAACAGGCAAGACGUGUCAACGCUGGGACAGUCGGACGCCACAUAUACCAAAGUACACACCAGCUAAUUCUCCGACAUCCGGACUGGAGGAGAACUACUGCCGGAAUCCGGAUACGGACUACGACGAUACUGGAGUGUGGUGCUACACUAUGGAUCCCAGCGAAAGAUGGGACUAUUGUGACGUACCAUUCUGCGAUGCUGCACAAUGCCCUUCGUUGACGUUGACCAACGGUGACGUGAGCAGCUCCAACGUAUUCGGAGAUGUGGCCACCUUCACGUGCGACACGGGAUACAACCUGGUUGGUGAAUCUACACUUACCUGCAAGGCUGACGGCACCUGGGAUGGAAGUCAACCAACAUGUGAAGCAAGACAGUGCCCUGCGCUGACGAACCCGACUGGAGGUUAUGCUAUAGGCUCUGAAUCCUACGUAUACCUAGCAGAAGUCACCUUUUGGUGUUCCCUGGGAUACAACCUAGUUGGCGACACCAAGCUGACCUGUCAGGCUGACGGGACCUGGAGUGGAAAUCAGCCAACAUGUGAAGCAAUACAGUGCACUGUGCCGACGAUCCCUGCUAAUAGUGUCUUGGACGGCCCUGAAUCUCUCGCAUACGGAGACGUGAUCACCUUCGUAUGUGACGAUGGAUACGUCCUAACUGGCGACUCUACGCGGACCUGUCAGGCUGACGGGACCUGGAGCGGAAAUCCGCCAACAUGUGGAGUGGUGCAGUGCCCGCUGAUAACAGCUCCUGCGCAUGCCUCUAUGAGUGAUGGAAACUCCUACCAGGACGUGGUAACAUUCACAUGUCACGUGGGUUAUUAUCUUGUUGGUGCUGGAAAUGUAAGGUGUCAGUAUCCGACUGGACUCUUACACGGUACCAUGAGUGGAGGUAACUUCUACCAAGACGUCGUUACGUUCACCUGUAACAUUGGCCAUGAGCUUCAAGGUGCUCCGACCACCACGUGUCAAGCAGAUUUCACGUGGAGCAACGCGGUUCCAACAUGCCCAGUCAUACAGUGUCCACGUCUUGAAGCCCCUGCCAACGGUGCAAUGACCGGCGACAAUUCCUACCAAGACUCUGUGCAGUUUACAUGCGACUCAGGCUACGAUCUUGUAGGGGCAAGAAGUACCACGUGUCAGGCAGACCGGAGUUGGAGUGUCAGCGUUCCCACUUGUGUGAAGUGUCCACUUCUAACCAACCCGGCACACGGCUCAAAGUCGGGCAGCAAUUUUUACCAGGAUGUGGUACAAUUAUCCUGUGACUUGGGUUACGAGCUUGUAGGUGCUGCAACCACUACAUGCCAGGCUACGGCAACAUGGAGUAACAGCAUCCCAACGUGCACACGUGUACAAUGUCCUUACCUGACAGCUCCAACACACGGUUCAAUGACAGGCUCCAAUUUCUACCAGGACAGGACGGAAUUCACCUGUUAUGCAGGGUACGAUCUUGUAGGUGUGAGAGACGUCACGUGCCAGGCAGACCGAACAUGGAGUGACGUAGUCCCUACCUGCUCACCCGUACAAUGUCCAUCGCUGUCGCCACUCGCCAACGGUGACUACACUGGCGGCGGCACCAACACCUACGGAGACGUGGCUCACUACCAGUGUGACACAGGAUUCCAUCGGUUAGGCUCGUCUGUACGGGCCUGUCAGGCUGACAGGACCUGGAGUGGAUGUUCACCAACAUGCACAGCCAUAAAGUGUCCGUCGUUGACAUCCCCUCUGAAUGGUACACUGACGGGCAACAAUUUGUACCAAGACGAGGUUCAGUUCACCUGUGACGCAGGCUACAAUCUUGUGGGUAAAAUUAGGAUCACGUGCAAGGCGGACGGCACCUGGAGUGGCAGUGUCCCAACUUGUUUACUCGUUCACUGUCCACUAUUGAGAGCUCCUACAGACGGUACGAUGACUGGCUCGUUUUCUUACCAAGAUGUUGUGAAGUUCACAUGCAACUCAGGCUACAAUCUUGUGGGAUCACCAACCACGGAAUGCCAGGCUGACGGCACAUGGACUACCAUACCUCCAACUUGUACAGCUGUUCAGUGCAAGUUGCCGAGCGCCCCCGCCAACGGUGAUAUGACUGGUUCUCGUUCCUACCGUGAUGACUUGCGCUUUACAUGUGACGUAGGCUACCAUCUCGUUGGUGCAUCGAGGAUCUGGUGCCAGGCAGAUGGCACAUGGAGUGACAACGUCCCAGUUUGUCCCGUCGUUAAGUGCCCGAUGUUAAAAGCUCCAGCAGACGGUACAAUAACAGGGUCCAAUUCGUACGGAGACACGGUGCAGUUCACGUGUGACUCAGGUUGCCAACGUGUCGGUGCUGCGACCGUUACGUGCCAAGCAGACGGGAGGUGGACUGACAGUGUCCCCAUCUGCACAGCAAGCACAGGCGUACAGGUUCCUUGCCCGGCGCUGACGGCACCUGAAGACGGCACAAUGACCGGGCACACGUAUUUUUUCUACAGCUCAGCCUCUUUUCGGGAGUAUUUGCCGCAAGGACAAACUAGCUGCAAUGCCUUCCAUGAAGACGUAGAGUUCACCUGUCACGAAGGUUACGAACUUGUAGGCGCGACGCGCAUCACGUGCCUGUCAGACGGUACUUGGAGUGACAAUGCGCCUACUUGCACAGUUGUACAGUGUCCGGCUUUGACUGCUCCCGGCGACGGCACUAUUACUGGUUCUAAUCUUCAGCGAGACGUUGUGAGCUUCGGCUGUGAUACAGGGUACGAUCUGGUUGGUCCGCCAAGCGUCACAUGCAUGACCGACGGGACAUGGAGCGACAGUGCCCCCGAUUGCACAGUUGUAAGGUGUCCGCCGCUGGAAGCACCUACGCACGGUACAAUGAUUGGCAGCAACUCCUAUCAAGACGUGGUUGAGUUCACCUGUGAUGUUGGAUACAAUCUUGUGGGUGCACAAAGUGUAAUGUGUCAGGCAGACGCUAGGUGGAGUGACAUUGCACCCGUUUGCAAAGUGGUGCAAUGUCCAAUGCUGACACCUCCAUUGAAUGGUGCAAUGAGGGGAUCCUCUAAAACCUUUGAGAGUGUUGUAGAAUUCACAUGCUACCCAGGUUACGAUCUGGUUGGUGCGACGAGCACAACGUGCGGUGCAGACGGAACUUGGAGUGAAAAUACUCCCACUUGCGCAAUCGUACAGUGUCCGAUGCCGACAGCUCCCGAACACGGUGAAAUGACAGGAUCAAACUUCUACCGAGAUGUGCAACGUUUCACCUGUAACACAGGCUAUUACCUCGUCGGUGCUAAUGACAUCACGUGUCUGUCCGAUACGUCAUGGAGUGACAACGUCCCCAUCUGCACAGUGGUGAUGUGUCCGCAGUUGACUCCACCCUUACGUGGUUCGAUGACGGGAUCUAACUCCUACCAGGACGUACAAGACUUUACCUGCGAAAUAGGCUACAACCUAGUAGGGUCUGCAGAGAGGGUGUGCCAGGCAGACGGCACAUGGAGUGGCAGUUUCCCGACUUGCACGAUUGCACAGUGUCCGGAGCUGUUGUCUCCCGCAGAUGGAACAAUGAGAGGCUGUAACUCCUACCAGAAUGUGUCACAAUUCACCUGUAACCCGGGCUACGCUCUUGCAGCCAUUCCCUGUCCGCUAUUUGCGGUCCCGGACCACGGUUCAAUGACUGGCUCCAUUGCUUACAAGGAAGUGGUACAGUUCUCCUGUGACACGGGAUACUACCUCGUAGGGGCGGAGAGCAUCCUAUGUCGGGUCGAUGGUACUUGGAGUGGGACUGCGCCCACCUGCGCAUCUCCCUCUGACGGUACGGUAACGGAAGGUAAUUCCUACCAGACAAUGUUACAGUUCGGUUGUGACUCAGGCUACUAUCUUGUGGGUGAGGCCUCGCUCACAUGCCAAGCAGACGGCACAUGGACAAGCAGUGCUCCAACUUGUGCAGCUGUUGAGUGCCCGCAGCUGACUGCUCCUGUAAACGGUGAAAUGACCGGCACCAAUUUCUACCCAGCCAAAGUCCACUUCACGUGUGACAGCGGGUACGUGCUUGAUGGAAGCCCCACCCUGUCAUGCCAAGCCGACGCCACGUGGAGUGGGGCCGUUCCAAGCUGCAGACUUGUAGAGUGUCCAGCACUGACUGCUCCUGCAAACGGGGACAAGAUUGGGUCCAACUUCUACGGGGACGAGGUGCAGUUUUCAUGCCUGGAGGGUUACCAGAUCUUCGGUACAUCCACUACAACGUGCCUGAAGGACGGUCAGUGGAGUAAGAGCGCACCGCUCUGUACAGGAGAUUGCCAAAUUGGAAAUGGAGCGUCCUACCGAGGAACAGUCGCCGUGACCAGAACAGGCAGGACGUGUCAACACUGGAACAGUCAGACACCGCACCAACACGACAGGACAUCCGCUAAUUAUCCGUCAUCCGGAAUGGAGGAGAACUACUGCCGGAAUCCAGACGGCGAACCCGGAGUCUGGUGCUACACCACGGAUCCCGGAUGGAGAUGGGAGCUGUGUGACGUACCAGUCUGUGCUGGCCAGUGCCCCAACUUGGUCCCUCCCACGAACGGUGGAAUGUCGGGCGACAACCUCCACGGGCACGCGGUGACGUUCUUCUGUAACUCCGGGUACGACGUGCAGGGGGCUCAGUCAGUCAGCUGCCAGUUAGACAGCACCUGGACUGGGAGUCCACCGACAUGUACAGUUAAACACUGCCCCGCGUUGACGUCUCCUGCAAACGGCGGCAAGAUCGGCUCGAACUACUAUCGGGACGAGGUUACCUUCUUCUGCGACACGGGAUAUGAUCUUGUGGGGGAGUCUAGUGUGACCUGCUUGGGCGAUGGAACUUGGAGUGAGAGCGUUCCUGUAUGCACUGCCAUACACUGUCCCAGUCUGUCUUCAAUAGCUCACGGCUUCGUCAUCGGUUCCAACGCCUACCGGAAUGUGGUGACGUUUCACUGUUUGCCUGGGUACGACCUGGAAGGUGAUACCGACAGUUUGACGUGCCAAGCGGACCGGACAUGGAGCGGCCCCGUACCAGCUUGUGUCGAAGUGAAAUGUCCCGCACAAGCGGCUCCCUCCAACGGUGCUAAGAUCGGCGGCAACAGUUACAACAACGUGGUGACCUUCAUGUGCGUGUCGGGGUAUCACCUAGUCGGUUCUUCUAGUGCCAUGUGCCAAGGUGACGGCACGUGGACUGCGCCGACUCCGACAUGCCCAGAUGUGGACGAGUGUGCCACAUCCAACGGUGGCUGUGAACAGAUCUGUACCAACACUGACGGAAGCUUCCACUGUUCCUGUCAAGUCGGAUAUAGUUUAAGUAUCGAUAGUCUGUCUUGCAACGACAUCGUCGAAUGCGCUUCAGCGAAUGGAGGCUGUGGUCACACGUGUUCGAACAGCAUUGGAACCUUCCAGUGUUCAUGUAACUCCGGAUACGUCCUAAAUGCCGACAACCUCGGGUGUGAUGACGUCGACGAGUGUGCGAGUGCUAAUGGUGGUUGUGGCCAGACAUGCACUAACUCUGCAGGGAGUUAUCAAUGCUCAUGUGACACUGGCUAUGCCCUAAACGGAGAUGAACAUUCAUGUGACGACGUCGAUGAAUGCUCAGUCGCAAACGGUGGGUGUGACCAGUCCUGCGUCAACACAGUUGCAAGCUUUCACUGCCAGUGUGGUGUUGGAUUCCUCUUGAACAGCGAUGGAUUUGCCUGUGAUGACAUAGACGAGUGCUCAAUAACCAAUGGCAGAUGUAGCCAGACUUGUACGAACGCUGUCGGCAGUUACGACUGUUCCUGUUACACCGGAUUCAUCUUGAACUCUGACCUCCAUACAUGCAGUGACGUGAAUGAGUGUGACACGAACAAUGGGGGCUGCAACCAAAAUUGCGUCAACAUUUUUGGACGUUACCGUUGUGAAUGUGGUGUUGGCUACCACCUGAACGCUGACGGGGCCGGUUGUGACGAUGUCGAUGAAUGUAAUUCUACAAACGGCGGAUGUGACCACAACUGUACCAACGCCAUCGGAAGUUUCUACUGCUCCUGUGGCAACGGUUACAGCCUGAGCAAUGACGGCUCUGCGUGUGAUGAUGUUGACGAGUGUGCAGAUGCAAACGGAGGCUGUCAGCAAAUCUGCACAAACCUCAUCAGCAGCUUCAGUUGUUCCUGUAACAGAGGUUACUACUUAGACUUCAACGGUGCCGACUGCCAUGACAUUAACGAGUGUUGGAUGGAAAACAACGGCUGUGAGCAGAUUUGUCACAAUUCCCGGGGGAGUUUUUCCUGUGCCUGCACUGCAGGAUAUCUAGAGAAUCCAAACGGGUUCUCAUGUGAUGAUAUCGACGAAUGCUCUUCUGAAAAUGGAGGCUGUGAUCACACCUGCAUCAACACUGCCGGGUCGUACCGUUGUUCCUGUGCCGAUGGGUACGCAUUGACUUCAGACGGCCACAGCUGUACAGAUGUGGACGAGUGUAUUGAGUCCUGGGGUAUCUGCGGACACAACGCGGUCUGUAAUAACUCCAUCGGGUUCUUCGAGUGUACCUGCAACCAUGGUUUUACCAUGAUGCCUGGUGGAUGCCGAGACAUAGAUGAGUGCGCUGCCAGUGAGUACCCAUGCGACCAGAACGCCUUCUGCUACAACACCAUGGGAUCGUUCGCCUGCAUUUGCGCCGAAGGAUUCAUAGGAAGCGGGAAGGCGUGCAAAGAGGUAUGUACUACGACAACCCCAAAGACAACAACCUCCUUGAAGACAACAACCCAUACCCUAAAGGAGGAAACAACUUUCCCUAUCUUCCCAAUUACAAGCACUCAGUCAUCAGCAGUACAGUCAACCUCCCACUGGAUUAAACAUACCACUACAGAAGGGGACGUAUUUCAAGAGAUAGUCGACAAUGGACCAACAACUAAACAUGAAGGAUUUAAGCUUGGUGGUCUUGGCUCAACCAACACUCCGACGACUACCUUAUCAAGCACAACGGCGUCGACUAAAGCGAAGGAAACUGUUGAGACUACUACCGCCGACGUGGACAAAUCCAAAGACGCCCUGCGGAGGAUGUCGGCUUUGGUUCGUGAUGGAGUGACGCCUGGCGACUUGAUGGGGUAUCUCAGCGCCCAGGGAGAGCAGGAGAACUGUGAUGACGAGGCUGAAACAGAUCAGUGUGAGAAAAUGAAGCUACCAAAGGCGUUGGAGAUGGUGUAUAACAUGUCAUCAGUCAUUGAGGAUGCGGAACAGGUUGAAGUAUUGGCCACAGCAACUGACCUUCUCCUCAAGUCAUCAAAUCGGCUCGAUCUGGACGAACAAGUAACUGGGGGUUAUAUUGUAGAGAAACUGACGAAAUGCUUGAGGACAUUCUCAGACAAGGGAGUGCGGUUUAAAGACCUGAGUCCUGCUGCAACAGCAAUUGUUGACACCGUUUCAACACUUGUGGACGACGAUGUCCAAGGAAUGGAAGUGCCGAAGGACGAAUCCCACCUUCUGCCACCAAGAAAGCGGAAGACGUACAAGGAGAAACUGGAGAAAGAGCGACUCGAAAAGCAGGGAGAACAAUGGAAACUCAAAAAGGAAUCCGUCUCUACACUAAUGGGACAGGUUGAUAACAUCGCCAAUGCUCUGAUGUCCAGUACCGAAGUUCCGGAAUCCCCCUCUACCAUAGGAACCAAGACCAUGCAGCUUGUGUUAGACAAGGAGUCGAAGUCAGAGCUUGGUGAAGAAACCCUGUCCCUCCCUGCGGGCAAAGUGGACUUUCCCACAGAUGACGCAUUGCUACCCUUCACCUCUUCUUCUUCUUCAGACGUCGGGUGGAAGAUCACAGGCUUCAAUGACAACCCUUACAUCUGGGACAGAUCUGCAGGGGACAUCAAGUCGUCUGUCGUGGACGUCACUCUGGGAGACGCAAACGGAAACGAAAUCCCUGUUAACGUUAGUGUAUUUUUAGUGUAG